GGAGAAAGAUUCCGUUGGAACUUUGGUUCCCCCUUCACUGUUCUAUCUUCCUCUCUGGUGCAUGAUUCCUAAUCUCCGGCGACUUCUCCGAUUUCACAGUCACUAUGACUAAAAGAAAAGCAGAAGAAACGACGCCUCCUUCAUUGGAGAGCAGCAGAACUGGACAAGACUUUUUUGGCUACUUUAGAGCUCAAGUAGAAGACCUCUUGUCUCAAGAAGAGAAGAUCUCUCAUCAUAAACAUGGGGCUACUCACAAGUCUUCUACUGAAAUUAUAGGAGCUGAGUUGUCAGAUCUCAAAAACGAGAAGUUGAAUGCCUUGUUAAGGCAGUGCGUGUGGGAUUCCAUUCCAGAGGUUGAGGAGAUGCAGUCGCGUGUUGAAUCAAUGCAUCUGAUGUCUCAAUUGAGUAACAAGAAACCGUCAAUCUCACCAACAGAGACUGUGAUUCCUGAGGAUCCUACGUUUAAAGAAGUGGAGGAUGAUUUACAAUUACUUAUGAAGUCUGAUCCUGAUCUUGUUAAGGAAAUAGUGAGCAAACAUUCAACUGAUCUUCUUGCCAGACUGAACGAUACGCAGCAGCAACUUGAGAAACUACUUGACAACGUGGUCACCACAUGCAGUCUUAUCAAUAGACCUAUGAGCCGUGGAGAGAAGCGAAAACUUCAGAAAUCAAUCAAGGAGCUACCUGGACCAAAUCUUGAACGCGUUGUUGAAAUCAUCAAAAACCACUAUGUAGCUUUGGGGAGAGAAAUGCCUGAUGAUGUUACCGUCAACAUGGAGGAGGAAGACAACAUUUUGCUCUGGAGAUUGCAUUACUGUGUCGCCGCAAUCGAGAGUGCGCGGAAACUUGCUAGCUAGAUAGUACAGGUAUAUAAAUCCUUAAAUCCUUCUCUCAAGUUGUGAGUAUAUUAGGAAAGGAGAAGGAGAUAAACAUGGUAAUUUUGACUAGAAAGAUCCGACCGGUUUUGUUCAGUACAUGGAUUACAGGAAAGAAAAAACAUAUUUGGUCUAUUGUUCUGAGCUUUGAGGAUUAACAAAGAAACUGCAAGAUUGUAGUUUGCAAUUUGGAGUUUUAGUUUUUUACUACCUAUGCUUUCUACAUUUUGAAAUCCAAAUACUUUAAUGCA